UAUACCUAAAUCAAGAAAAGCAAAGCAAAGAAAAUCAGGGGGAGGACGGGAGAGUCGGUCUAGGAAAGAGAAGACGAAAAGGAAGAGUGGAGCGACGAGCGAGGGUUUUGGCGAGAAAAUUGAGGGAGAAAAAAUUGGGAGAGAGACCGUUUUAUUAGGCUGCUUUAGAUUUCCAUUUAUAUCUUCAAUUUUCACACUAUUUUUUCUUCUAAACUUUGUGUUUUAUAUUUGAACUUUCCCCUUUUUCAUCUGAUCUAAUAUGUGUAUUUGACAGCUCCCUAACAACUGUGUUUCACAGGAAAAAAGAAAAAAAAGGGAAAUCUGAGUGCAAAGUUGAAAGCUUUAUCUCUCCCUGUGUGAAGAAAUAUCGUAAAGUUACCAUCUUUGCUGGAUUUUGGGUUGUAUUUCUUACCAUAAAAGUUGCUGAUCUUUGCUCCAUCAGCUGUGAGAUAUUAUGCGAUCGUCUAUAGAUGCUGAAUAGGGACGUGGGAUUUUGCAUUUUUCCUUGAUGGGUGCUUUCUUGAUUCUCCAUUUCCCAAUUUUUACUCCUUUUUCUUCAACCACCAUAUAUUGUGUAUAAAUUUUCAAGAUUUUGUGUAGCUCAGGGAUAUAAUGGUGAUGCGGUGGGUGGAUUUGGUGUCUGUAUGAAAUCCCCUUUUGGUGAAUUUUCAAGAUUUUGUGUAUGUAUAAAGGUGCCCUUUUGGCUUUGAGAAUUGAUGGCAAUGGCUCAAGAAGAACAUGGGCAAAGGUGUAGUAAUAGUAGCAGUGAUGAUAGGGGGUUGGAAUGUGGUGGUUUUGGUAGAUCUUCCAAAAGGUUGAAGCAGAAAAGAGUCCCACAAAGGGGGCUGGGUGUUGCUCAGCUUGAGAGGAUUAGAUUAGAGGAACAGCAUAAGAAAGAUGCAACUUUACUUUCUGCUACUGUUUUGUCUUCAUUCCCAACAGUUUCCCAGACCAAUUCCUCAACAUGUUUGCAAAUACAACAACAAUUACCUAGUAUUGUGUCGCCCGCUUUUAGGCCUCACCUAUCUUCCCCUUCCAUUCCCCUCCCACCACCCAUAGAUCUCACCUCACCGAGGCCCGCCUUUCGAUCAAUCCCACCCCCACAUAUACCCAAGAUCAAUGCUAUGCAUCCGAGCCCCGUUGUGCCAUUGUCGUUGUCAAAAAUGUUGAGUGUGGGUGUGGUUGAGAGGAGUUGGUCAGGUAUAAUGGUUCCGGGCCAUGGCCAUUGGCCUAAAUUGUGGAACGGGGAUGAUAAUCUUGAAGGAGAGAAUCAUCACCAAGGUGUCGUCGAGUUUAGGCCUAGUAUGAAAUUCCCCAUUGAACCACACUCGCCAAUUUUGCCUCUCCCUAGCAUGUUGCAAAGAUCAGAGCGACACGAGCAGUCUGUUUCUUCAUCAAUGGUGAAUGUCUCAACGGGGAUCUCAUCAUCCUCGUCGUCAUCAUCAUCAUCUGUUUUAGAAUUCUUGAUGGAGCCCCCUUCAAACCAAAAUUACAACGGGAAAAAUUAUGCACCUCUGUGGCCCGAGGAAGUCAAGAUGGUUGGCAAUAAGAGAGCGCGUCCCUUCUCUUCAGAUUAUCCACCCAUCCCUGUAUUUCAUCGCAAAUUUCCUCCUGGCUAUGAUCUUUCCAUGUCUAGAACGAAUGAAUUGGCUUCGUGCUGCAUGGAUUGCCCGGCUAAUGUAGAAUCUCGAAAUCUACCUACAAGAGAAUGCCCUGCAAACAUGAAAGCGCUAUCUGAAUCCAACCCAGGAAGUUUUACCAAUGGAAGUGGCGCAGAUUUUCUCUCAUUAGCCCCUCCAUCAGUAUCUUUGCCACGCUCAGAUCCAAGAUACCAUUUCCGUUCCAGAAAUUCAUAUCCCCAUAAUCAAGACUCAUCCAGUCAGGGAUGUGCAGAAGAGCUUAUUCAACGAUCCAGGGUGAGUGCGGGAUCAGAUCAACCUCACGUCUUCAGCUUCUUCCCGUCACCUAGCCUGCAAACCGGGCAAGAAGAUAGCCCUAAAAGCAGCAGCCAUGAGGGUGAAUCCAGUGAAGGUGUUGAUCUUAAUCUGAAGUUGUAGCAGUAUAGCUCAUCUCUUGUGGUCAUAUUCAUAGUUUCCAUGUGUAAUAGUUGAAUUGUUCAUUGCUUGAGAUGAUAAUUACCUCUUACACGGCAGAUAAUGUUCCUUCUUUUUUAAUACAUAUAUAUCUCUUGUUAAAGUUUACA